GACCUGCUGGGACAGCUCAUCCGCGACCUGAAUGAAAUAAAUGAAGUUCCAUUUUUUGAUAUCCAGCUGCCCUAUGAACUGGCUUUGAAGAUAUUUCAGUACCUGGGCAAGACUGAGCUCGGAAGAUGUGCUCAGGUCAGCAGGACGUGGAAGGCCCUUGCGGAAGAUGAAGUGCUGUGGUACCGGCUGUGCCAGCAGGACGGGUACCUGCUGGAGAGCAGCAUCGCGGCGCGCUCCUGCUGGAAGCUCGCCCUGAAGGACUGCCGCGCCAAAGAGCGCACCCUCCGAACCAACUGGAAGAACCGCAUCGGAGCUGUGAGCCAGCUGCAGUACGAGCUGGGAAAGAUUCUUUGUGACGUCCAUUCCUGUGAUGGAGUUGUCAUUGCUGGCUAUACAUCCGGGGCCGUGCGGCUGUGGGACACGCGCGCCUGGGACCACGCGGCACCYCUCCUGCAGGCCGUGCAGGGGCCCGGCGACGCUGGAGCUCCGCCACACGUCUCCUUUGUGCGGAUCAACAGCGCCCUGGCUGCAGCCGCCUACGAGGACGGGACCGUGAGCGUCUGGAGCCUGAUGGUAGGACGGGAGCCCAUCCAUCAUUACCAGCACAACCAGAGGAUCCAGGCGCUGGCGCUCGGUUCCGAGGGCGYCCUGGUGGCAACGGCAUCUGGCUUCGAGGUCAAAGUGGAAAGCCCUGACGACAGAGGAUUCUGGCAAACUACAGAAACGUUUGAAAUCCAGAAAUUGGUCAACUUCCUUAAUCUGGUUCCAGAUGUUACGGRGCGCGCGGUGGCAGUAGCGGCAGCGGAGGACGUGGUUUAUCUGCUGAAAUCCCAAGAUCCUGGCAAAGUUCUCCAUUCCGUUUAUGGUCAACCCAUCACGUGUCUCGAUGUGUCUGCUAGCCAAGCAGCCUUUGGGGUCAGAAGCUUUAGCUGGUUAUUGAAUGAACCCAACCAGAUUCUUCUUUACAAUCUGGAAACAAGUCAGUGUCUAAAGAAGCUGGGCAACUCAUUGGGUGACUUUUCGUGCGUCAACCUCCAGGACAGCCCUCCAAACAUGCUCGUUACCGGCAAUAAGGACAGAAGGGUCCGGGUGUACGAUCUCCGCCAAAGCGAGUCCCUGUGCUCGCUCUACGGCCACCCCCUCGGAGUGUCGGCAGUGCAGAUGGAUGACUGGAAGGUGGUGAGCGGCGGAGAGGAGGGCUUGGUCUGCGUGUGGGACCAGCGGAUGGGCUCCAAGCUCUGGGAGAUGCACGCCAGGCAUCCCGUCCGCCACUUGCGCUUCAGCUCUCACAGCCUCAUCACGGCCAACAUCCCCGACGACAAAACGCCCCGCGGCGCCAGCCUCGACGACGACGACCUCACCGCGCACCGCAAGCAUCGAGGAAUCAUCUACGCCUACGAGUUCUCAGCGGAGCAGCUGCCCGGCGAGAGCGUCCUUCCCAUUUGCCGCUCUUCCUACGACGAGGUGGCCGGUUACAACUACAACAUCGGCCUCGCGGUUCCCUAUGACGACAUUUAGGUCCGCGGAUGUGGAGCAGAGAGCCUGAGAACGGCGAGGACCAUCCUGUCUCCUGAGAGCAAGAUCCUUGCGGCCGGCCUGCCGGGGGAGGAGCGGAACG